GCCCUUCAUCACAGCUGGGGAUCCCUCACCUGAGCCAGAACACAAGCAGGAACAGCAGGUGCAGCGAUGGGCGACUGGAGUCUCCUGGGGAAUUUCCUGGAGGAGGUCCAGGAGCACUCCACCUCGGUGGGGAAGGUCUGGCUCACCAUCCUCUUCAUCUUCCGCAUCCUGGUGCUGGGGACGGCGGCGGAGUCGUCCUGGGGCGACGAGCAGAGCGACUUCCUGUGCGACACCCAGCAGCCCGGUUGCACCAACGUGUGCUACGACAGCGCCUUCCCCAUCGCCCACAUCCGCUACUGGGUGCUGCAGAUCGUGUUCGUGUCCACGCCGUCCCUCAUCUACAUGGGUCACGCCAUGCACAUAGUGCGCAGGGAGGAGAAGCAGAAGAGGAAGGAGCAGGAGGAGAGGGAGGCGCGAGGGGAGGAGGGGGAAAACCUCCAGGGCUCUGAGAAGGAGUACCUGCAGCAGAAGGACAGUGGGAAGGAGGCUACGGCUGAAAAGAGCGGCAGGUUUCGUCUAAAAGGAGCUCUGCUGCAGACGUACGUCCUGAGCAUCGUCCUCCGGACGGUGAUGGAGGUGACCUUCGUGGUGGUGCAGUAUCUGAUCUACGGCGUGUUCCUCAACGCGCUGUACCUGUGCAACGCCUGGCCCUGCCCCAAUCCCGUCAACUGCUACAUGUCUCGGCCCACGGAGAAGAACGUGUUCAUCGUCUUCAUGCUGGUGGUGGCCGGCGUGUCCCUCCUGCUGUCGUUGGUGGAGCUCUACCACCUCGGCUGGAAGAGCGUCAAGAGGUGCCGACGCGACAGGAAGGAGCGGAGGGUCGUGGCGGUGGCCGUGUCGGCGCCGCCGGAGUCCCGCAGCCCGUCGCGGCCCUCCGCCUCCUGCACCCCGCCCCCCGACUUCAACCAGUGCCUGACGGCGCCGAACUCCAUGAACGCCAUGACCUCGGUGCCCUCUCACCCCUUCAACACCCGCAUGGCUCUGCAGCAGAACUCGGCCAACCUGGCCACCGAGCACCGGCACCACAGCUGCGACAACCUGGAGGACGACGAGGACUUCCUGAGGAUGAGAUACGAGCAGGCGCCCGUGGAGCUGCCCAACGGCUGCUCGCCACCGCCGCUGCUGCCCAACGGCUGCUCGCCGCCGCCGCUGCUGCACUCCGGCUACGGGAAGGACAAACGGCGCCUGAGCAGGACCAGCGGGACCAGCAGCCGGGCGCGCCAGGACGACCUGGCAGUCUAGAGUCACUGAGGACAGAAAAAAAUCUGUUUCCAAGGGGCGGAAAUACGUGAGCUGUUUCUGGAAGAUGCAGCCUGGUCAUGAGGACGAGCCAACUAUGCAAACUUCUAACACUGAAUCCUGACACUUGACAAAGAAAAAUGGGAUUAAUAGCCAAUCUUUUUUGAAAAAAAAAAAGUAUUUUUAAAGUACAGAGGUCUGUAUGAGAGCUAUUUUAACUUUUAACAUAUUUAGAACAGGGUUACAGGCGUAGUGCCUGACAGUUGCACAUUUUAUACUUUAAGAAUAAAAAGAAAGAGGUGAAAAUGACUUUUCUUAAGGUUCAUGUAUACCUUUGGAAAUGAUUUUAUCAUACAGUAAAUUAAUCCCAUAUUUACUCAGUUAUUUAGUUUAUUCAGGAUAAUCUUUUGACUGAAUCAGUGUUUUCUCAACUACAAAAAAAGAGUAGUACAAUGAAUAAAAACAAAGCAAUAAUGUGAGAUGAGAUUAACAGUGAGGAUUUCCGUACAUAUGCAGUGAAAAGUGCCUGAUAAAAUGUGGAAACAAUAUCCAUUUCCUUAUUUUGUGCUCUUGAAAAUGUCUUCCUCUUACUUCUCAAUCUUUCAACCUGAUUGCACUAUAUAUUAAGGGUUGUAAAAUGAAAUAAUAAUUUAGAGUCUGUGUAAAAGUUUAUCCAUCAGUCUGUGUGUUUUGACGGGGAAAACUGUGCUGUGUUUCCUUUUUUUGAAGGACCUUCAAAGGAAAAGGAAAAUAAACGGUCCUGUUUGGAUUCUGGUAAUUAACAACUUUAGCCACUAGGUGGCGACAAUGCACUUGCUUUUUGUUUCCAGUUUCUCGCUUGGAGUCAUUGUUUAAAUGGUCUUUCUGAUGGGAUUCAUGUCUCCGUUAAUGUUUUUGAAUGUAUUGUAUUUUAUGUACACUGUUUAGUCC